AUGGUGCAGGAUCGUAGUUCUAUACAACAGAAGCAUAUCCAAUGGACCCAUGCGAGCAACUGCAAAACCGUGGUGUGCCCAUUGAAGUGGCCGUCACAGAACCGUGGCCAGCGAAUAAUUCACCCAGAAAGCACGUCUGCUUUCGACCAGCGCGUUACCACGUUCGGCAAGUCGUCUGGUAUUAAAACACCGUCUGGCAACAAUCUGGGGCCAUUCUCAAAAUUAUUCUACGCUUCUGAGGCCAUCCUCAAGCAGCAGCCUCUGGGACCUGCACGCGUUGAGAAAACUAAGCAACUGCAUGAGUACAUCAAGCAAAUGGAACGCGAGAAGUCCGAACUGGAACGUCACUGCAGCAAGUUAGAAAGUGAGUGUAAAAGGCUUCAGUCCGUCGUUCUCCAGCAACGCGAAGGAGUCCUUGGCUCUUUACGUCCAAAGUGGUUCCCAAAAGAAGACCGCACGAUACAAUUUGAGCUCACCAAGCUGCAGACUACAAUGCGCUCAUGGUCGAGAGAAUACAGUCUGGCUGAUGAGACCGAAAUAGAGAAGGUUCCGGCUGCAGAGAAGAACAUGGUCAUCAAGCAGCUGGAGGGAUACUAUGUUCAAAUUUUCACCGAUCCCUUCUUCUUCAUUGACACAAGGAACAAUAACAUGACUGGACCAGGCAGUCCUAACAUGGCGAGUAUAUAUGAGACUCUGAUGCAGAUUGACGAGGCAGAAGCGCAUAUAUGGCGAUCUGAUACAGGAACGAAUUCGAGUACUGGAUUCUCUUUCUCUCAGAGAUUACAGGAGCUCAGCAACAGCUUCGUGGACAAUUUUAUAACCAGUCCUGCCCGGGCUCUUCUUCGGCCGGGUACAGAUACCGACCUGAUACAGAGAAACAUGAAAUUGAGAGAUCUAUAUUAUCGGGCCGGGGAGAUCGCGCUACUUCUAUGGGCACAAAGAGUGCAUAUUAGGUGUUAUGGCCAGCAGGAUUUACAGGUGUUCGAUGUCGAUAGCCCAAUGAUGAGUGCGCACCGACUGCAUCGUCUCGACGAUGAUGACCACAGACUUGAUGGAAAAAUGGUUCUUGCUUCCAUACAACCAGCUGUUUUGGCUUUUGGGAAUGAGGACGCAGAAUACUACGACGUGAGUAAGACAUGGAUGCCCGCUGUUGUGUUGGUAGGAAACAAUAUGGGAGCUGCAUGA